ACCCAAGAGGUGAAGGAGAAAUAUUAAUAGUUUCAACCAACAACAAAAAAAGAGUAAUGAAAAUAAGCAUGGAAGCAACAUUGGCAAAGAGAGCUUUGUUCAACAUCCCAAAGCUCUUGCCUCAUGGUCCUCCUGGAAUCCAAUCUGCUAGAAAUAUCACCAGGGCUCGCUUAUCUUCUGCCUUUGAGCGUGCUGAAGGAAGUAAUGCGGUAGCCGAAGGGUCGUCGGAUGACGCACCAAGUGACAGCAUGUACGAGACGAAUCCCUCGUUUGUCACCGGAGAAGGGAGGCCGCCCGCUAGCCAAGCGAGCUUUGGGGCGGACAUGGAGAAAGACGGGAUUAAGAAGGCGGUUGAGACAGCGGAGAAUGUAGGGGAUAGUGCAAAAAAGACCAUGGAUGGAGCUUGGAGAGCGGCUAAAGAUGGUGCACAAGGUAUCAAAGAACGAGUUCUGAACGACGUCGAUGAGUUUGCAGAAGAUGUAGCGGUGGAUGAGAUCAGGAAAGUGGAUCAACUUGUUGAUACCCGAGAAUAUAGAAGUAUUGAGGAAUUGAAGAAGGUAGACUGAUGAUAUUGGAAGAAGAUCCAAAGCUUAUAAAAUAUGUUUAUGAUAAUGCAAAAUAAAAUAAGGUAAUAUGUUU